AUGCUCCUCACCCGUCUCCUGGCGGCCACGGCCGCCCUCGCCUCUCUCGUCAAGGCCCAGAACACUUCCGAUGUCGCCCUCAUCCUCGAGCGCCGUCGCAUUGACAUGGCGGACUUCACCACACCCGCCGUUAUGGCCAACGUGUCGAUGUGGCUUGAGACCCAGAGCGCCGAGGGGAUCUGGAGCGACGUCGACUACAGCAUCGGUUGUGACGCCCGGCGCGCCAACUGGCCUAUCCAGCUUCACUGGAUUCGCGUUAUUGCCUUGGCUUCGGCGUGGUCUGGCCUCAACCCCAACGCGCCGGCCGAGUACAACGGCAACGAGGCACUCCUUUCGGCUGCCCUCAAGGGCAUGGACUGGUGGUUUGAGCGUGACUACUCCAACCCAGGCUGCACUGCCGAAGGUGGCAAGGCCCCCUGCCCUUGUGGUACACCUGGAGCGUGGAACCAGAACUGGUUCGGAAACGUGAUCCUCAUCCCGCAGCUUGUUACGACGGCAUGCCUCCUCGUCAUGCCGGCCAAUCUUACCGACUUGCAGAAGGAGAAGUGUUUCACGAUUCCGAACCGCUCGUGGGAGCUGCGCGAUCUCGACAACCCCACCUUUGGGGUGCUCACUGGUGCCAAUAUGGUCAACGUCAUGCAGAAUUCGAUCUCGAUGGGGCUAUUUACCAACAACGAGACUAUUAUCGAGGAGGCAUUCUCCCGUGCAAUGGGUUCCUACCUCUUUGCAGACGCGCCGGCGCAAGACGGCAUACACCGUGACGGUUCGUUCCUCCAGCACGACGGCAUCCUGUACAACGGCAACUACGGCAAGGACGCGCUGAAUGCGUUCAUCCAGCUCGAAGGCGAGGCAAUCGGCACCUCGUUCGCAGCGAACGACACAGUGCGCGAGGCGAUCGCGGCCUUUAUCCGUGGUAACGAGUGGAUGAUCUUCCGUGACAAGACAACCGACCGCCUGCUUUGGGACAUCAAUACGAUUGGGCGCUUCCUCACGUUUCACUCGAGCGACCUCCAGACGUCAGCCGAUAUCAACUUCAACGCAACCAAGCUCGGUAGAGCCGUGGAGGACUUCAGUGGCCCAUUAUAUUUGGGAAACACCGUUCAUCGUCUCCAAACCAACUUCUCGCAGCCGCUGACGGGCAACCGCGCCUUCUUCGCAUCUGACUACAUGGUUCACCGCCGCCGUAACUUCAUGCUCGCCAACAAAAUGCUCUCGUCUCGUUCGUGGAACGCCGAGUACACGAACUCGGCCAACCCUUACGGCUUUUUCCUUGGCCAAGGUACACUGUUCUCGUACGUUACCGGCAACGAGUACAAGGACAUCCAGGCCGGCUGGGACUGGCACCUGAUUCCGGGUACCACGUCGAUCCUGAAUGCUGCGCCUCUGCGCUCAGACAGGGUUGGGUUCAUGGGAAAAUUGAGCUACGUCGGCGUUGUGAGCGACGGUGAGUUUGGCGCAAGCGUCAUGGACUACCUCGACCCAGCGGAUGGAUCGCUGGCAUUCCGUAAGGUCUGGUUCUUCCUGGAGAGGAGUGUGCUCGUGACCACCACAAAGGUUGUCAAAGAAGGGCCCGCUGCAAUCGACAAGCCGGUCGUGACUGUCCUUGACCAGCGCACUGCAGUCGGCGGCGCAGAGGCCGAAGUAGACCGCGAGACUGUGGUCAUUCCUGACACCCUCAACAUUUCUGGCACCACCCUCAUGUACGGCGGCAACGGCUACCUGUCCCACGGUGUGCCCUUCAACCUGACGCUCUCCGCUGGCCCGCGCACAGGGAAUUGGUCGGCCAUCUCGACUUCAACUGCUGGCGUCCAAACCGUCGACAUCUUCUCCGCGUACACCACUAUCCCCUCAUCAACAUACUCGUACGAGUUCUUCCCGGGGACCACCCGUGGCACGUUGCGCCGCGAGAGCCGCCGCCCAUCCACCACCCCCUUGGACCUCGACGGUGUCCUGGGUGCGGUGGGGGAGGACCGCCUGGCUCUCAUCUUCUGGCCCGACUCACCCCUUACGGCUUGUGUGUCACACACCCAGUUCGACAGUGGUGACUUUAGCGUGACGGUCGACAAGCCCGUGGCGCUGCUGUUCAGGCUGGGCCGCCGUCGCCGCGGCGUCCGACCGCUCACGGUCACCGUCGCCAACCCGAGCCAGACGCUCUCUGGCGUCACAGUUACGUUGAAGAGCUCGACCAAGCGCCUCCUCUGUGCAGACGAGCGAUGCACGGAAGGGGACGGUGUCGUCCUGAAUCUUCGUCUGCUCACUGGCGGCUUUGGGGGCAGCAGUGUGAGCGUCAACGUCAACUUUUAG